AUGUUCCCCGAAGUUGCCGCCUGCAGCUCUGUUAAAGCGGUGCAAGUGCUCUACGAGAACGGCGACAUUUCGCCGGAUCUGGUGGAGGCAGCGUUUCAAAACGCGGCCCAAGAAAUCAGCUCUGAUGUCCUCGAGUUUUUGUACAAGACUGGAUGUGUCGGCGCUGAGUCUGUUCGUUGUGCUGUACUGGACGCAGCCGAUCGCGGGGACGUGUAUGUAGUGGACUGCAUGAUUAACUUCGGCUGCGUUUCUCGGGAACUGCUGGAGAACGCCCAAAGCAAGUACACUUCAAUUAGAACGCGCAGAACUCUAUUGCGCGCUUGCAAGUCGUUGCCUCCGACUCAAGGCUAG